CCAGACACCCACACCCUCUCUGGUCCGUCCCUGCCCGCCUGGCCCGGGCCCGGCUGCCCGCCCGUGGAUGAGCCACAGGACGUCCUCCACCUUCAGAGCGGAGAGAAGCUUCCAUUCCUCCUCCUCCUCCUCUUCCUCCUCCUCCUCAGCCUCCCACGCCCUCCCAGCCCAGGACCCACCCAUGGAGAAGGCCUUGAGCAUGUUUUCCGAGGAUUUUGGCAGCUUCAUGCGGCCCCACUCAGAGCCCCUGGCCUUCCCAGCCCGUCCUGGGGGACAGGGCAACAUCAAGACCCUCGGAGAUGCCUACGAGUUUGCAGUGGAUGUGAGCGACUUCUCGCCGGAGGACAUCAUCGUCACCACCUCCAACAACCACAUCGAGGUGCGGGCUGAGAAGCUGGCGGCGGAUGGUACGGUCAUGAACACCUUCGCUCACAAGUGCCAGCUGCCGGAGGACGUAGACCCCACAUCGGUGACUUCGGCCCUGAGGGAGGAUGGCAGCCUCACCAUCCGGGCAAGGCGCCACCCGCGCCCAGAGCAUGUACAGCAGACCUUCCGGACCGAGAUAAAGAUCUGAGGGCCCCCCACCCUGCCCUGCCCAAGCAGCAUUCCCAACCCCUGGGCACAGCCCCCAAGUUCCAGCCUGACACCAUCCCCCUGACUCCAGGUGGGUCAUACACACACCCCCCAAACUAGGGCCUUCCUCUCCGCCUGGGGCCUGGGAACCCCUUCCCUCACCCAUGGCCCCCAGGUUCCAGAUGUGGCCCCUUCCAUUUAAUCUCUAAUAGAGGAGUCGGGGAAAAGGGGAUCCCAGAGAAGCCACUUUGGGGAAGGGGGAUUGGGUCAGGCAGGACCUCUGGCAAGUAAUCUGCAGGACAGACAGACAAAUCCUUUGAUCUGUGGAGUCUCUGCAGGGCAGGGGCAGGGGGACCCGGAGCCCCAGCCAAGCGGAAGGGACCAUCAAAGACCGAGGUCCCGGCUCUGGCGGCCCCUCCCGAGGGCACAGGGAGGCUGGGACAUGAAGGUGAACCUGUCCUCGGCCACUCUCCCACCCCAAACUAGCUGGCAGGCUGCCAGCUGGGCCAGCCUGGUGCCCCCAGCCCCCGGGGCCAUUCUGCAGCCAGCCAGCUAGGCCAGGGCAGGGCCACGUUGAAUCUGUCUGUAGAUGGGGUUUU